CCAGUGCAACUUGGGAAGGAUGGGAAGAAAGAAAGUAGGGUGGUUUGAGAGAUGACAUCAUUCCUCAUUUGAAUAAAUCCCAGCCGGGGUAGUGAUUGGUCGUGAGAUGGAGAAAGUCGAGUUACUUGGCUAUUCAUCCCUUUCAAUUUCACCCCCGCGCGCAAUGCCGUGGUAAAACCCUCUCUGCCUGUCCAUCCAUCCUGGCCAGUAGAGAGUGUGUGCGUGGACUGCAAAUCGCUUUUCCUUUCUUUGGAAGGGACGUGCAUCACUUCUGGAAACUGUGGUCGACAGAAGUUUCUUGGUAAUCUGGCUGCUGUAUUUUGGCCUGUUUCUCAUCUUGUUCGGUUUCAUUUUGUAAUUUGUUACACUUUGUAUUCGAGGAUACUGAAAGGAGUCGGAGGAUAUUGUCAAACACUGGGCGUAGCUGGAGAUCAAGCUAUAGCUAGCUACACUGCGUUGAUGGCAGAGAAAAGCAGAGCACCAGUGUGGGGACUAUUACAUGGAGUUGGCACCAGGGAAAGCAAGGUGUCUUAUUUUUGAUAAAGAUAUCAGACUCCACCAUCGCCUGAGUGCAGUUACCAUCUUCAGUCUCAAGCUCUCCAGUCCUCCUCUGUAGAGACGGACAGCCAGGACUGAGGGGAGAUGAAACCGGAUGGGGUUGCCACGGCAGCGAUGGAGCCAAUGGAAGCACUGGAUGCUGAUCCGGUAAACGAGUCAGUUGCGAUGGGAGAGGAGCCUAACCAGGCUGCGCCGUCACCUCAGGCGGAGGGAGUUGGCCAGCAGGGAGAGAUGGGGCAGGGUGAGCCUCAACCAGAGCCAGCCCAGGUGGCCCCCACCAAGACGGGGAACAGCAAGGCUGCAGCAGAUCCAAAAGCCAAGACCAAGGCCCCCGCUGCUAAGACAAAGCCUGGGACCACCACCACAAUUAAGACCACGACCGGACCAGGGUCUCGACCCAACACCGCCCAGAGCCGACUGACCAAUGGGGAUUCCAAGCCACAUGCCAACGGAGUGGCCAAGAAGACCACCACUGGUGCCCCAGAGAAGACCACGCCCAAGAGGCCCGUAGGCACAGCCGUUGCCCCUACCACUAAGACCACCGCCAAGGUUGGUGAGAAGAAGCCAGCGGGCACCACCCGCCCUGCCUCGGCUCCUGCUGCCACCAACGGGGUGAAGGCCACCACAGGAACAGCAGCAAAGAAGACACCUGCGGCGCCAACUAAUGGUGUCAAAGCCACCACCACCGCUGCUAAGAAGCCCACAGCUCCCCGGCCUGUCUCUGCAGCUACCACCAAGCCCAGCACUGCCUCUGCUCCCAAGCCUGAUAGGCCCCCUGUUUCCAAGACAACCAGGCCUGCCACUGCUGCUCCAGGAUCUCGCCCUGCCACUGCUGCAGCCAGCACAGCCAAGAGCUCCACAUCCACAGUCAAGCCUGGCACCCCCACUGCUAAAACCACCUACACCACUCCCAGACCAGCCUCUGCCAAAGCCGGCUCCACAACACCCUCUGCUGGACGGAUCCCAACAUCACAGCCCUCAAAAACCGCAACUCCCAUCAAGAAAGAUGUUACCAAAUCAGCCACCAAGAAGCCUGCAGCGGCUCCUCUCACUCGCACCUCACCAGCCAAGACCACCAAACCUGAGACUCCCAAAUCAGCCUCCGCAUCCAAGCCAGACUCCACCCCCAAGAAGCCGGCUGCCAGCAGCAAGGCCGCAGACACCAAGAAGAUGCCAAGCAAGCCCACGCCUUCAAAGGAUGUCAGUGCUGGGCCCAAGACCCCUAGUACCAAGCCAGCAGGGAAGGCUUCCACCCCUAAGAAGACUGUGGGCAGCAACACUCCCAUGGCAGUGAAGCGUGGCCCCAAGCCCACGAUGGCGGCAGAGCCGGCGACUAAAGAGGGUGAGACCCAGGACGCCGCUGUUGCUGCCGCCAUAUCUGCAGCUGCCUUGGCUGCUGUGGUCUCCAUGGCAACCUCGGAAGAAGCAGUGGUGGCUGUGGUCCCAGAGGAGAAGGAGAUUGUGCCCCCUCAGGCCAGCCAGCCAGAGGAGGCCCCAGAGGCCUUUAUCUCUCAGCUGUCAGCUCAGCUGGACCUGGUCCCCCUGGAAGAGCCAGCAGACACAGUGUCUCCCCUGGGUACCACGGUCUUGUCUCCUCCAUGCUCCCCCACCAGGCCCAUGUCCCCGGUCAGGGAGCCCCAGAAUGCCUCUGCUCUGCUGGACAUGCACGUCCAGCCAGAACCCAGUUCCCAGAACCAGUCUGCCAUGGCUCCACAGAGCCCGGUCCAGGAGGAGGUGAUAUUCCAGGCAGACUGCUGGGCCCAGAACCAGUCUGCCAUGGCUCCACAGAGCCCGGUCCAGGAGGAGGUGAAGGUCCAACCAGAAUCCUGGGCCCAGAACCAGUCUGCCAUGUCUCCACAGAGCCCGGUCCAGGAGGAGGUGAUAUUCCAGUCAGACUCCUGGGCCCAGAACCAGUCUGCCAUGUCUCCACAGAGCCUGGUCCAGGAGGAGGUGAAGGUCCAGCCAGAUGAGCAGCAGGAGGACCUUCUCAUGCCCUCCUCUUCAGCCCCUCCUGCAUUCAGCAUAAUGUCUCAGCCCAUGGAUGAGUUCACCUCAGGGGUCCUGGUCUCUCCCUCUCAGGACCAGGAAGAGGCAGUGGAGAAGGCAGAUGAGGAGAUCAACGAAGAUGAUGAUGAUGAGGAGGAAGAGGAGAGGACAGUGUGCAAGCCGACAUUACUGUUGGACAUGAGUAGCUCUCAGCCCUCAGCGGAGACCAAUCCUGCAGGCUUCGGUGGUGCCACCGGUUGGCAUCGGGAUGAUGUCUUGUCAGGGAUGGAUUCUGAGGAUGUGAGCAGUAUGAGCAGCCGCCUGCAGGGGGCGUCAGAGAUGAGCAGCACCCAGCAUAUGGGCCUGCUGCAAGGUACCCAGAGCUCCGACGCCCUGGUAGACUCCAGCCUCAAGGGAGAAGGCUCCCCCGAUGUGGAGACACUGCUCAACGAUGAUAAUGAGGAGGAUAGGAAAGUGUGCAAGCCGACAUCACUGUUUGACAUGUGUAGCUCUCAGCCCUCAGAGGAGGCCAAGCCUGCAGGCUUCAGUGGUUCCACCGGUUGGCAUGGGGAUGACGUCUUGUCAGGGAUGGACUCUGAGGAUGUGAGCAGCCGCCUGCAGGGGUUAUCAGAGAUUAGCAGCACCCAGCAUACGGGCCUGCUGCAGGGUACCCAGAGCUCCGACGCCCUGGUAGACUCCAGCCUCAAGGGCUCCGAGGGAGAAGGGGCCUUCACGGGUUCCACCAAUGUGGAGACCCUGUCCAACGAUGAGGAGGAAAAUGAAGAGGAAUAUGAGGAUAGGAAAGCGUGCAAGCCAACAUCACUGUUUGACAUGGGUAGCUCUCAGCCCUCAGAGGAGGCCAAGCCUGCAGGCUUCAGUGGUUCCACCGGUUGGCAUGGGGAUGACCUUUUGUCAAGGAUGGACUCUGAGGAUGUGAGCAGCUGCCUUCAGGGGUCAUCAGAGAUUAGCAGCACCCAUCAUAGGGGCCUGCUGCAGGGUGAGGAGAUCAACGGAGAUGAUGAGGAGGAGGAGGAAGAGGAGAGGACAGUCCUGGUAGACUCCGGCCUCAAGGCCUCCGAGGGAGAAGGGGCCUUCAUAGGCUCCCCCAAUGUGGAGACCCUGUCCAACGAUGAAGAGGAAAAUGAAGAGGAAUAUGAGGAUAGGAAAGUGUGCAAACCGACAUCACUGUUUGACAUGGGUAGCUCUCAGCCCUCAGAGGAGGCCAAGCCUGCAGGCUUCAGUGGUUCCACCGGUUGGCAUGGGGAUGACCGUUUGUCAGGGAUGGACUCAGAGGAUGUGAGCAGCCGCCUGCAGGGGUUAUCAGAGAUUAGCAGCACCCAGCAUACGGGCCUGCUGCAGGGUACCCAGAGCUCCGACGCCCUGGUAGACUCCAGCCUCAAGGGCUCCGAGGGAGAAGGGGCCUUCACGGGUUCCACCAAUGUGGAGACCCUGUCCAACGAUGAGGAGCGAGUUGAUGAUAUGGAUGUGAGCUCAGAGCGGGCAGUGGACCACCAGAACGUGUGUCAGCAAGAGGAUGAGGAGGAUGAUGAUGUGGAGAUGCCCAGCGAAGGGGUGACGGAGAGUGGACUGGAGAGCUGUGGGAAUGCAGAUGAGGAUGACUACACAGAGGAGGACCGUUUGGAUAACCUCAACCGUUCGACCGUCCCACCUUCCUCAGCCUGGGGUCAGACAAACCCCUUCACUGACCCCUGGGCCCAGCCCCACCUCUCCUCCCCCCACACCGCCUCCAGCUCUCUGUCUGACCACGGGGCUGACGGCCCUGAGACGCCCACCCAGUCCUCUGCCCAGGCCUGGUUGGAUCUCAGCGCCCCCUCUCUGAUGCUCCAUUCAGAGCAGCCCUCAGAGCCCCAGACUGCCCCUGAGGAGAUGGAGAGCUCUUCCCCAGUGGAGGCCUCUGGCCCCCCUGCUGUGGGCAUGUCUCAGUCCAGCACCCUGAGUGGCACGGCCCUGGCUGUCCACAGCAGCAGUGAAACCAGCACUCCCGAGGAGCUCCGUGACUAUGACAGCAGCUCCGGGGUGGAGUCACGCUCUGACAAGCAGCAGACUCCCGUGCCAUCCAAUGUGCAGCCUGACCUGGAGCAGGACUUGGGCAUCCAUCUGGAACGAGGUGACGAGGAGGAGGAGGCUGAGACGCUCCCUGCUGACGAGGUCCUGGGAGCAGGCCCUCCUACUGCCCCCGCCUCUGCCCCCUCCUCCCCCUCCACCUCGGGAGACGAGGCCAGCGACACGGAGGGUGAGAUGCAGAUCAAUGACCCAGAUGUUCCCGUCACCAUGGAUGACAGCACUGAGUUCGACAGUCCACCGUCCGCCCGUAUCCUGCCUGCCCUGGAAGAGGAUGAGGAGGUGGUGGAGGCGCCGGCCGGAGGAGAGGAGGAGGACGGGGGUGGCGGCACGCCCCAGUCUGCCAACUCAGUGGCGUCUUACGGCUUUGACUGCACCAUGUCCAACUCCAACGCCCACUCUACUGCCGAGAGCUGCGGUAAGAGCCCCGGCAUCUUCUCCCUGGAGAACGAGGACCAGUUGCCCGAGGAGGCCAAGGACCCCUCCCUCAUCAAGGAGCUGACCCUGCCAGCAGCGGCCGCCCAGUCAGAGGAGCUGCUGGGAGGCCCUGUAGACCUGCUGCCCCUGGGCCAGCCUGGGGACCAGCACCACUACAUGCUGGGGGGGAAGAUGGAUGCUGACGACCUGGAGGCCAACACCCUGGAGGACACCCUCCGCCUGGGGCCCCAGCAUGCCGGGGAGGCCAGCGAGGGCCAGCCACCCUACUACUCUGCUAUAUGCGAUAAGACUGAUAGCUUUCUGGCAGGUAACGUAUAAGUCCCUACCCCUGGAAUGCACCUUCUCCCUCGCACCCCUCCCCCCUUGUUGUUCUUAGUUUUUCUCUCGAGGUGGGUUAGAUGGUUUAGAAAAACAAGCAAAUGAUGGUAGGAAACAAAAAAAGCAAGGGGAACGAAAAAGACUGUAGAUCAGUGAAGCCUCCCUCUUUCAUACUACUAUUAUGGUUAUGAAUGUAUGGCACUACUUUAUAUGUACACUAGCUACCAUUUUCUAUUAGAAUGUUCUUUUUAAGUAACACUGCGUACUCCGUAACCCCUGAGGGGGGUAUUGACUGACUGGUCCGUUGGGACAAAGCUCUUAAAAGAAAAGGAGUAAAAGGAGAAUGGACUCGACCUACAUGUGUAUUUAUCCUACUGUUUUUACCAAACAAAUGUCAGUUCUUUUGUUUUUGUACUUGUUUUGUUGGAACCCGGUCCUCCCUCCCCUAUGUACACGCUCUAUUUGAUCCUGCACCGUAGAGAUAACCUACUCUCUUUUUCUACAAGUUUGUCUUGUUUUCAACACCAUUUUAGUAUUGAAUAAAGACUAGAUAUUUAACAUGGCUUUCCUCCCCUUAUAGUUUUGUUGAGGUCGGUAUGGGAGUGUUCAAUUUGAAGUUUGUCUAGUUUUAAUUUGCGCUACAGGAAGUUUGCCUCUCCCUGCAUAGAUUACCAUGGCAAGUAAAGUUGUCAUGUACGGUGUUUUUUGAGGCAUCUGUUUUAAGUGUUCAUGCCUCUUAGUUGAUCAUUUGUGCUUCAGAACCAACUAACAACUAUUUCUGGGGAAAAAACGUGCAUUCCUCUGCAUUUAGAAUGACGCUCACUGAAAACGCUUUUAGUGAUAUUGCAUAUUCCAACUUGCAUGUACUAACAUUGAACUUGUAUCUGAUUAAACCAUUAUACACUAGGGAUGUUCAUAAAUGAAUGGUUCACGCUAAGUAGGUUUUUCAAAAUUCCAUUAAACAUCAUUGCAAGGCA